UUACUCCACAGCAGUCGAUGGAAUAGAUUUAUUCGUUAAAGAUUGAAAAUGAAGUUAUUAUUGGUAAUUUGUAUUACGCAAACCUUUGCGUUGUCGGUAUUUUCCUCAAUUUUCAAUCAAAGUGAUGAAGAAGAAUGGAGUGCAUUCAAGAUCAAAUACGGUAAACAUUACGCAACAAGCGCUGAAGAUCAGGUGAGGAAGAUUAUCUACUUCGAUAAUAAGUUAAUAGUCAUAAAGCAUAAUGAAUUAUAUGCCAAGGGAAUCAAGACAUACAAAUUAGGAAUAAACAAAUUCGCAGAUCUUACAAACACCGAAUUCAGAAAGCUAAUGAAUGGGUACAAAGGAAUUAAAAAGCAGACCGGAGAACUUUACGUUCCCCACGCAAACGAAAAAUUACCAAGCAGUGUAGACUGGAGACAAAAAGGUGCAGUCACACCUGUCAAGGAUCAAGCACAUUGUGGUUCCUGUUGGGCUUUCUCUACCACUGGUUCCAUCGAAGGUCAACAUUUCUUGAAAACUAGUAAACUCGUAUCUCUCAGCGAACAGAACUUGAUGGACUGCUCCACAGAAGAGGGAAACCUGUCCUGUCAGGGUGGCUUUAUGGAUUCUGCUUUUGAAUAUGUUAAGAAAAAUAAUGGAAUUGACACUGAAGAAUCAUAUCCAUACGAAGCAAAGAACAAUCCAGCGUGUAGAUUUAAAAACGCGACUGUUGGAGCCACAAUCACUGGAUACAAAGACCUUCAGAGUGGUAAUGAGUCAGCUCUACAAUCAGCAGUGGCCAAUAUUGGACCUAUAUCUGUGGCAAUUGAUGCAAGUGCUGAUUCUUUCAAACUUUAUACUGGAGGAGAAAUCUACUAUGAGGAAAAUUGCAGCUCUGUAAUGCUGAAUCAUGGUGUCCUCGUAGUUGGGUACGGUUCCGAAAACGGCAAAGACUACUGGCUGGUGAAGAACUCCUGGGGUGAAGGUUGGGGUAUGGAUGGCUACAUCAAAAUGACAAGAAACAAGAAAAACCAAUGUGGAAUUGCUACAGAGGCUAGCUACCCACUGGUGUAACCGAAUCAUUGUGUGUGUGUGCAAAUAUAACUUGGAAUUUUAAAUAAAAAUGUAUUCAAAUUGUAGCAAUAUUUAAGUGUUUUAUAACUAGACUAUAGUUCCAAGAAUGAUUGAAAAAUUUCAGCUAACAAAUCAUAAAUACUAUUAAAAUAACAAAAUUUAAAAAUGAAAGAUAGUUAAUUAUGAACCAUAUUAAAAGUACUUUAGAGGAAGACAUAAAUGAAAAUUGGGCAUUUAAGCCCUGUAAAGUGACAUCAACGGGGAUAAGACCUAAAUGAUAUUAAAG